UAUACUACAUUGCACCUUUGGCCUUAGCUUCCUUUAUCUUUUUAUCACUGCUGCUUGAACACAUUUACACAUCAUAUCACAAGCUCCAUCCCUUUGUAUUUUAUAUUCUUUUUCACCUUCAGUCUGUUGGGGUUUCAAUUCUUUGUAAAAAAUAAAUAAAUUAUACUGUAAUGAGUAUUUUAACAAGAGCCCCAAAGAAUUCUUGGCAGCCAGUGAAGACUGCUGAUACAACAAUUCAUAGUUACUGGCUUAAUUGGAGGUUCUUGCUAUGUUGCAUUUGGGUUUUAACAUCAAUGGUCUUUGCUGCAAUACUUAUAAUUAAGCAUGAAGGUCCUCGAAUUCGAAAAAAUGGAAACAGUGAAGGCCAGAAAACAGAGUCCCCUGGCUUAUUGUAUCAAGAUGAAGUUUGGAGGCCAUGUCUCAAAACUAUACACCCUGCUUGGCUUCUUGCUUUUAGAGUCUUUGCCUUUUUGAUUCUCCUGUUGUUGCUAAUCUUAAAUGUUACUGUUGAUGAAUGGGAGAUUUUUUACUAUUACACUCAGUGGACAUUCACGCUGAUUACUAUUUAUUUCGCGAUUGGAUCUGUUCUAUCAAUGUAUGGAUGUUAUAAGUAUCAUAAUAAAGUUGUUGGUAUUGAUGGAGCUGAUAUUGAGAGGUUAGAUAAUGAGUAUGGUUCAGAAAACUCAAUUGCUGUAAAACAUAUGGUGGAAAAUGCAGAAAAGUCUUCUCGCCAAAUUGCUGAGUUUUGGGAAUAUGUUUUUCAAAUAAUCUUUCAGAUGAAUGCAGGGGCUGUAACGCUUACCGACUGUGUCUUCUGGUUCAUACUUGUUCCAUAUUUGACAAUUAAAGGCUACAAGUUAAAUUUUUGGAUUAUAAAUAUGCAUUCAGUCAAUGUUAUAUUUCUACUUGGUGAUACUGCUCUGAAUUGCUUGCGAUUCCCUUGGUUUCGGAUUGGAUACUUCUUUGUGUGGACAGGAGUUUAUGUUAUUUUCCAGUGGGCUGUUCAUGCCUGCAUCUCAAUCUGGUGGCCAUAUCCAUUCCUUGAUCUAUCAUCUGCAGUUUCACCUUUGUGGUACUUGUUGGUGGCAUUUAUGCACAUACCAUGCUAUGGUGCAUUUGUUUUGGUAAUGAAGCUGAAACACCAUUUGCUCUCCAAGUGGUUUCCUCAGUCUUAUCAAUGUGCAAGAUGAUACAACAGCUUCCACGCCUCAGUCCCAACCAAGUAGGGAUCGGCUAUUUGAAUUUUCACUGUACAAGGUGAAAUAACGAAUUUUCAGCUUUCAAGACGGCUAUACUAGGGGAAAAUCAUUUCAUUUCUAUAUAUGACGGAGAAUAUGACAGCACCGCAUGUUUUGAACACCAACUUGGAUCUUUUGUUCUUUUUCCUGGAAGGAACGACGAAAUGAAAAAAAAAAAAACUUAUGUAGCAAAGUAACUGUGAAUCUUUAGAAGUUUAGAUAAGAAAAUAUAGAUUUGAACUUCUGGUUUGCUAGAUGUACAUCUUGGGGUAACUAUGGUUACAGAGAUUUGUUAUUCAUAUAACUUAAUGUUGAGCUC